AUGUCAAAUCAAGAUCAUGAAAGGAGAAGUCGCUCUAGAUACCGCGCCUCGCUUUCCGGGCAUGGUACCGAACGCUCGGGUGACAGUGAUUCUGGCCGUAGGCGUCGAAUUUCGCAUUCUAGACUUACUUCAAAACGACAUAAUUCCCCUAAUAAAGUGUUAAUCGAACAAAUGCAACAACUUCAAAAUCGUUUAAUUGCAUUAGAAGGGCAACGCCGCUCCUCACCGCCGCGACUCCAUGAACCGAACGCUGACUGUUUGCCUGCGCUGUCGCCACCACGGCUGCGACCUGUGACCGCGACUGUAGCUGAGCAACAGAGGUCGGUGGUGGAGGGUCGAGAGUCUGCUAUGCAGUCUUCGCCAGGGCGUCCUGUGAGCGCAAUGACGGACCGCGAUGCCAGCGGAACCGAUCGUAUCAUCGAGGCGAUACGUUCAAUCAAUACGACGGUUCAUGAAAAGGUGUAUAAGCGAGCAGUCGCAUACUUCAGUAAACGGACUCAAGGUGCUGAGCCAAGCAGGCACAAGCGACUGUCAAGCCCGACUCUGGCAUGCGCGGGCAUAUACCAUACGACAUACCGUGUGGUCAAGGCGCUUCCCCACGGUCGCGUCGAGCUGCAAAUGCUGGCAGGCUCGUGUGGAAAGGCGACCCGGGCUGCGGCAGAAUUUAUGGUGCCAUGGCGAGGGGAAUGGACUCCUGACACGUGUGCUGCCUUCUUCGAGGGGGAGCUUGUGUGUUAUUUGUGUGUACAAGCUAACGUCGUGCCUCUGUUACACUGUGAUGAAUACCGCAUAGUACGCUAA